AAUCUGUAGUGUCCUGUUUAGCGAGUUACAUAAGAGUUUAGCGGCCAAGUGACCAUGUGGCAACGCUGCGCCGGGCUCCAGUAUGGCCGGCCAGGCAGUCGCGGCGGGGGACAUCGACGUCGACUUUCUGCCCGUCAUCUACCAGUACCUCCGCUGCCUGGAGAAGGAGCAGCCAGACGUGGGCCGUGUGUCUCAGGAGUCCAGUCAGAAGGUUCUGGAGCUGCAGCGCAAGAUCCAGACAGCACGAGAGCAGGUACGAAAACUUCCUGGAGUGGAAUACAGCCGUGAAGAGCAGCUUCGUCGUCUGGAGGCUCUAAGGAAGCAGCUGGCUCUCAAGAAACACCUCCUACUCAAGUAUAAGUCCAAGAGCGAGGCCCCACACUAGGGAGGUCACAGAGUCAGGCAAUGGUACUGCGCUACCUUUUGCACAAACUCAUCAACAACCCACAAGUGAUAGAAAAGCUUGCUGAGUCUUACCCCAUUCGUCGGGCAGCUCAGAUCACAGCUUACGCUCUGCAGCAGGGCAAGGAAGCCAUCA